AUGGCAGAUAACAACGCUAAAGAAGAUUCGGUUUAUAACGAUGCUAAUGUAAAAACUCAUGAUGAAGGAAAAAAAUUUGAAAAAGAUGUUAAUGGGAAUAAUUAUGAUGAAGAAAAUAAUAUCGAAAUAGAAUCAGAAGAUGGUUCUGAAAUUGGAAUAAUCUCAGCAGCCGUUAAUACAAACGAUGAUCCAAGUUUACCAUGUUUGACUUUUCGAUUUUGGGUGUUAAGUACCGAACACGUGUGUAUAGCCGCUGCCGCUACCGCAGGUGGUAUUUCUGCGUUUGCUGUGGACAUCAUUUCAAUCCAAGAAUUAUUCUAUAAUACUCGAGUUAAUUUCUUAGUUGGUUUUCUGUUAAUGCUUAGCACGCAGAUGAUUGGAUAUGGACUCGUUGGAUUGGUUCGAAAAUAUUUGGUUCAUUCACCUAAAAUGAUAUGGCCUCAAUCUCUUGUCUAUGCCAACAUGUACAACACAUUACAUGGCAAUACUUCAGAAACAAAUGAUAAAAUUCGGUUUUUUUAUAUCGCUUUUAUUUCAAUGUUCGUUUGGCAGUUUGUACCAGAAUACAUGUUUACUUGGUUAGCCAAUGUUGCUAUAUUAUGUCUUAUAGCUCCAAAUAAUAAUGCGAUAAAGACAUUGGGGAGUGUUUAUAAAGGUGCUGGACUUCUUAAUUUUUCUUUUAAUUGGAACGCUAUUGGUCAUGCAGCUCCCUUGUACACUCCAUGGUGGUCUCAGAUAAAUUCUUACAUUGGUGUCGUGUUAGCAAUUUGGGUUAUUGGUCCUUUAUUGUACUUUAAUAAUGUCUUUGAUGCCCAAAAAUUUCCUUUCUUAUCAAUUCAUUCAUAUGACAAAGAUGGAAAAAUAUAUAAUCAGACAAAAAUCAUUAAUCCAACAACUGGUGCUCAUAAUGUUACUGCAUAUGAAAAUUAUAGUCCUGUAUUUUUAUCUGCUACAUUUGCUGUUUGUUAUGGUUAUUCUUUUAUGCAAUUACCCGCAACUAUUUGUCAUGUGGUACUAUUUCAUGGGAAGGAAGUUUGGAAUCAAUACAAAAAAACCAAAGAAGAAGAGGAUGAAGCUGAUAUCCAAUCUGAAUUGGUGUGCGGUUUUAUUUUACCUGGUCGUCCUAUCGCAAACAUAUAUUUUAAAAUUUAUGGACGUGUGUCAUUGUCACAAUGUCUGUUAUUUGUUCAAGAUCUAAAAUUAGGUCAUUAUAUGAAAAUUCCGCCAAGAAGUAUGUUCAAAUCACAAAUAUGGGGUACAUUUGUUGGCAUAAUUAUAAACUAUUGGGCAUUGAAUAUUAUAAUCAAUAAGAAAAGAAUUUACCUUGAUGGUACAAAACCUGAUCCAAGUGGUCAAUGGACUGGCCUUAAAUCAGAGAUAUUCAAUACUGCAUCUAUAGUGUGGGGAUUAAUUGGACCAGAAAGGACUUUUGGAUCUAGCUCAAUUUAUAAUUUACUCCUCUGGGGCUUUUUAAUUGGUGGCUUUUUACCAAUACCAUUCUACUUACUUCAUCGAAAGUUUCCAAACGCAAAGUUUAACUUUGUGAAUAUCCCCGUGAUAUUUCAUGGUCUAACAACUUUCCCUGGAACUUUACCAAAUUUCAUAAUUACUGGAUUUAUUGUUAGCUUUUUGAGUCAAUUUUAUGCAUUUCGUUAUAAGAAUAAGUGGUGGAAAAAGUAG